CCCCCCGCUGCCUCCAUGCAGGGGAUGGGGAGCCUGCGGCUGGGCAGCCGCGCAGUGAUGUACACGGCCGAGACCCUUCCCAAGGGCAAGAACCGAGUCAUGGGGACCAUCCAAAUCAUGACCGGCUUCAUGCACAUCGGCUUCGGGAUCGUCCUGACGACGCUCACCAAUGUCUACACCUCUGUGUUCGUCAUCGGAGAGAUCCCCUUCCUGGGCGGCGUGUCCUUCAUCAUCUCGGGCUGUCUCUCCAUCGGGGCAGAGAAGAGCCCCACAGAGUGUGCGGUGAAGGGCAGCCAGACCAUGAACGUCAUCAGCGCCAUCUUCGCCCUCCUGGGCAUCGUGGCCUUCAUCGUGGACCUCAACCUCAAUGGGCUCUAUCACUCCGGCUUCAACUACUAUGGCUACUUGGUCCUGCUCGCAGGGAACGGGAUCUCCAUCGUGCUGCUCAUCUUCACCAUCCUCGAGUUCUGCAUUGCUGUGGCCACCGCUAACUUCUGGUGCAGGGCCACUCGCCUCAGCUCCAAUGAGUCUAUGCUGAUCGUGCCCAGCACUACACGGGUAGACCUGGCAGCCCCAUCGGCUGAGAUGCCGCAGCCACCCAGCUACACUGAGCUCGCUGCUCCCGAGGUCUAACCCAGGGCUGGUCCAUGAGGACAUCACUGAGGGUCCCAUCUCCAUCCCUGUGCCCACAGCAUCCUCCUCCCGCUGCGCUGCUCCCCAAGCCAGCAAGCACACCCCAGUUCCCCUUCCCAUUACUGGGGGCUUCAGGGGUGGUUCUGCCUAUAGAUACCCUAUUGGGGCUCAUCCGCAUUGGGGUUCAGGACCUUGGUGCUCAUGGAGAGAUCCCAACGUGUGCUGGGAGCCAGAGCAUCGUCCUCAGCUCGGACCCCUCAGCUUCCUUCCUCUUUGGAAUAAAGGCUCUCUCCGG